GCGUAGUUCAAAUCGGCAGUGUAGUGUGCCUCCAGCCAACAUGUGGACGUGCGCAGGAGUUCUGGCGCUACUUGCGAGCGCGGCGGCGAUCACGCGCGACCAGUUUUACCCGUACGGACAUGGAUUGGACCAGAGAUUGCCCCGGGGCGAUCAGGUGGCCUCCCCGGAAUUGCCCCUGAAUGUUCCCGUCGUGUUCUACGGGGAAACGUACGAGUCUGUCUUUGUAAACAACUUCGGCGUCCUAUCAUUCAGAGCUGACAUCCCUCAGUUCCUCAACUCGGAGUUCCCGCUGCCAUACCCAUCCAUAGCAGCGUUCUACACCAACGUGGACACCACCGAGUCUGGUGCCGUCUACUACAGAGAGACCAACGAGACCUACGUCCUCGUCAAGGCCGAAGAGAGCGUCCAGAACAACUUCCAUGAUUACUUUGACUUCAAACCGAGCAGCGUCUUCAUAGCCACUUGGGUCGACGUCACGUACAGCUCCCCUCAAAAACACAAUCGCAAGAACACCUUCCAAAUCGCCAUCAUCAGCAAUGGGACAGAGAGCUUCGUUGAAUUACUGUAUCCUGAAAGGGAGAUACAGUGGAUACAAAGGGACACGCAAAUAUCAAGCCUCCCUGAUGCCAAGGCACAGGCUGGUUUCAAUGCUGAAGAUGGACGAGUAUUUACUCUAAGAGGCUCUGGCAGUCAUCAAAUCCGGAAUAUAGUGACAUGGUCGAACAUCCACGAGCCUGGAAAAUACGUGUUCCGUGUGGGGAACAUACCGUACGAGGGCAACAUCGCAGUGCCCGACCAGUACAACCAGAACGAGGUGGAAGUGGAAGAGGAGUCCAAGACCUGCGCGCAGACCGGGCCCAGCGUGUGCCACGUGCAGGCGCGCUGCGUCGACUACCAGGCCGGCAUCUGCUGCAAGUGUAUCGAAGGCUUCUACGGAAACGGCAAGUCCUGCAUAAAAAACGACGUGCCUCUCAGGGUACACGGCAAAAUUAACGGCAUCAUCAACACCGUACACCUAAACGACGUCGACAUACAAGCUUACGUCGUCGUAUCAGACGGAAGAUCAUACACGGCACUCUCCCUGGCUCCUCCUAAUCUCGGCAGCAGUCUGCAGUUGCUCAAUGUCCUCGGUGGCGUCAUCGGCUGGCUUUUCGCCAAGCCUUCAGGCACUGCUAAAAACGGCUAUGAACUGACCGGAUCACUAUUUAAUCAUAGCGCUGAUAUAUUCUUCCCUGCCACGGGAGACAGAGUUGUGAUAAACCAAGAGUUUUUGGGGCACGAUGUAUUCGAUCAAAUUGCAUUAGACUCUGACAUACGGGGUACAGUGCCAUUUUUAGUGACUGGAACAAAACUUGAAAUAUCAGAAUUCCAAGAAACCUUAUCUUUUGUAGAGGCAGGUGUUAUCCGGUCAGAAUCCACACGUACGUUUGUCAAUAAGGCCACUGGCGAGAAAUACGAACAAGUUGUAAGGCAAACAUUCAUAUUUAACCCUUGUCGGUAUGCCCCCAGAUCAGAGGAAGAAGCUGCUCCUGUAACAUUGAAAGUGUCAAAGAACUACUUGGGUUAUGAGACCAAAGAUAACAUCGUAAGAUAUGGAUCUAGUAACAAAGUCGCGCCACUGGGUCAAGAUAACCCCUGUGUAGAGGGGCGCAACACUUGCGGCCCGUAUAGCACGUGUGUUGUUGAAGGUAGUUCUUUCUCGUGCGUGUGCCAAACAGGAUUCACCAGCAUCUACCACAACGACGCGUCCAUUUGCGUAGACAUAGACGAGUGUGCUGCCGGGACACACAACUGUGACAACAAUGCCGAAUGUCUCAACAACGAAGGAGGAUUCGAUUGUAGAUGCAGGCCCGGAUUCGCUGGCAAUGGAAUAAGCUGUCGUAAUUUAAUUGUCGGAUGCAGAAGUGAUACCUGUGACCCUAACGCACAAUGUAUAGAAUCAAAUACUAAUACUGAACCGAAUUGUAUUUGUAAUCCUGGUUUUACGGGCAAUGGGAAACAAUGCGUGGAAGACUAUUCUAGGGAAAAUGAUAAAUAUAAAAGAUGCUCAGAGUGUUCUCCUUAUGCUUCUUGCAUGUAUUCAGAUCAGCAAGCUAGAUAUGUGUGUGAAUGUCUACAGGGAUUCGUAGGUGAUGGAUAUCAGUGUGUGCAGGGAACGCCUGCAACAGAGAGACAAAGCACUGAUGUUGCUUCGGACUUUUAUAAACAGCCGGGUUCUUACCCACCAUACAACUCAAAUACUCCUUCUACUUACGUCCCACCUGUAUCAUCGACCCCGUACUACCCACCAGUCACCUCCACUGAGAGUACCACAAUCGAAGCAGAGUACAAUGAGACAUACGUAUUGCCACAAUGCGACGCAUACGGUUGUGUUUGCCCUCCCGGAUACUCAAGCUAUAGAGAUGAAAGAAAUAACGAUUUGUGCCGUUACGAUGGUUUUGUUUUUGCAGCUCCAGCUCAAGAUAAUAAUGAUACUUUAAUUAGAUGUUACAGCGACUCCGAUUGCCCUCCUAAUGCCAUCUGCACGGUCACAGAACCACAACCACAUCUGUAUUAUCAUCGUCAGCAAGGAAACUGCGUUUGUCCAGAAGGUUACGAAGGAGAUGCGUUUGAAUGCAUCGAACGAACAGGGCUCGAAUGCUCCUGUGGCGCUAACGCUCACUGCAUUGACACAGCAGCGGCUGAGGUCAUCUGCGUAUGUGAUUCAGGAUAUCACGGCGACGGUUACGUUUGCCGACCCAACUUCAGUUGUACUAACAACUCAGACUGCGAAUACAAUGCUGAAUGCAGGCUCGACCCUGGCCGCAACGAAUACGUAUGUCAAUGUAUAGAAGGAUACAUAAAGGAUGAAAAUGACGCAUGCAUUUUUGACGGUCAGCUGUGUAACGGAGCAGUUUGCGCCGACCAUGCGUCGUGCCUAUACGAUGAGACUGAGCAGGUCAGCUACUGCCAAUGUGACCCGAACUUUGAAGGGGACGGCAUUUUGCAGUGUGUACCUCAAGGACGCACUUGUGACGUGACUCACGACUGCAGCGUCGACGCUUUGUGCCAGCCUUACGAUAACACGUAUCAGUGCAUUUGCAAAGAAGGGUUCACUGGUGAUGGUUACACUUGCAAGCCAGAGGUGAACUGUAGAACGAACCCGUAUAUGUGCGACGCGCACGCGUCUUGUCUGAAACGAAGCGAUGGAUUCGUCUGCGAGUGCAACACCGGGUACAAUGGCAAUGGAAGCUACUGCGAUCUAAAUCCCAGAAGGGCUGGCAACUUCUUAGUGGCCAGUGACGGUGCGUCCGUAUACCGCGUGCCCUUCAGAACGACUCCUUGGGAAUUCGCCACGCCCUUAAACAGUGCCGUUUACCAGAUUGCAGUGGGAAUUGAUGUAGACUGUCUUACAGGAAGAAUUUACUGGGGUGAUGUCGUUGGAAACGGGAUCAAGAGGGCUGCUUAUGACGGAUCUGCGUUUGAACAAUUCCUAUCAAAUGAUGUAAAAUCACCUGAAGGCUUAGCAGUGGACUGGGCGGGACGAAACGUAUUUUGGACUGAUUCGAAGAAAUUCACAAUCGAAGUAGCCAAUAUCGACACGAAAGUCAGAAAAGUUUUGUUUCAAGGCAACGGAAUUCAGAAUCCUAGGGGUAUCGCAGUACAUCCACAGAGAGGAAAAAUCUUCUGGUCGGACUGGAACCGCAACGGUCCGAAGAUCGAAUGGGCGAACAUGGACGGCUCACAGCGCGGGGUCUUCCUAGACGAUUCCGACGUCCAGCUGCCCAACUCGCUGGCCAUCGACUGGGCGCGCGACCGCCUGUGCUACGCCGACGCCGGCCUGCACAGCAUCAAGUGCGUCAGCAUCGACACCCAGGAUCGGGAGACCAUCGCUGCUAACUGCUCCCAUCCGUUUGGCCUCGCUAUCAACGGCGAUAGGUUCUACUGGUCGGAUUGGAAAACGCUGAAGAUCGAGUACAUAGACACGGUUUCGAAACAGCAAGGCCAGGUGCCAGUGUCGACGGCUUCCCGCCGGUUAUACGGGGUGACGGUGGCCCCGGACGGGUGUCCGGCACUCAACAACGUGUGCGAGUACCGGAAUGGCAACUGCGGUACCGCGCAGUUAUGUCUGCCGGACGGUCGCGGCGGCCGGACGUGUGUGGACGGCGUUAGCGGAUACUGAGCGUGAACUGAGAGACACGACGAACGCAAAGCAGAACUUGACUUUAUAUGGCUCAAGAUAUUGCCACCACAAUUUGAACUUUAUUCAUUCAAAGGUUUUGUCACACUAGAUCCGUUAUGUGGUCUGUGGUCAGGUCAAAGUGAACGCAGCCAUAAACAACAUAAAUAUCAUAGAACGCGUCCAAUGUGACAAAUAUUUGUCAAAAAGUCAAAAAGCAAUUAAACUUUUAACGUGCCGUGCACUUUAUAGGAAUAAGAUAAAAUAAUGUUUUCUGCUUACAACUGCGUCGUUUUCAUACAGUUCACGCAACCCUAGCGGGUGUAGGUUAGGUUAUGACUGGAUGCAGUUUGCUGUGUACAGUUCACAUUGGUAAUGGAUCCGAAUAUCUGAGGCAUGUCUGUGUUUAACUUCUUCUGAAUACUGUGAAUAUCCGUUUUUUGGGAAAUGUAUAUAAUAUUGCCUACAGCACAGCUAGAAUAUAAUUGAAAUAAGUUAAUAUAAGUUACAACAACCAAAGCAAAUAUCCAAAGACUCUGUCCUUCAAUCAAUGUAAUUUAUUGAUACCAAAAUAAUAAAGUUAUUUAUUUCUACAUCGUUAAUUUUAAUUCCUAUGGAAUAUUAAAGAAUGUUAAAACAAUACUAAUAUAAAAGUGGAUUAUAAUAUACUUGUAAUAAACAAUACAUUUAUAUGAUUAAUACUUAAAUAAAAUAAUUUAUAUACAAAAUACUUUACCCAAUUCCUCUCCCAAAAUUUUCGUCAAAGAAAAAAGAUCUUUAUGAUUCAGUGUUAUAUUUUGAGAUUUACUAGUGAAACUAUAAUAACAAUAUAUCAUGAAACUAU